AUGAGGGUGGAUAUGAUGAAGAAAAAGAUAUAUGGCUUGAUUUAUCAGAAAAAAAAAUGGAUAUUACCAAUAACAUAUAAUCAGUUAUUUCCAAAGCUUUCACCGAAGGAAGAAUCAGAUGAGUGGUUUUCAUCUCUACAAUACCUGAAUGUUGGUAUAAAUGAUUUAUCUAUUUCUGAAUUAUUCUUAAAUCCUGGAAGUGAAUUUGGAGCGAUGAAUAAUGCAGCAAUUAAUGCCCUUGGAUGGAAAGCUGACAAGCUAUCUGAUUUUGAUAUAAAAAGUAACUUUAAACAUAUCAUUGAAUCAUUGAAAUGGUUUACAGAUAUGCCAGUCAGUAUAAAGAAUAAGGAUAGUAAAACUGUUACAGCUACUGGAAAUUUUACACAUAUUAAUAAUGGUAAACCUGAAUCAAUGUUAUAUUUAGGUAUGACAUGGAUUCAAAAAGUUCAAGUGAAGGGCCAUGACAUUGCAGGAUGA